ACCCCCUUUUGCUCAGUUUGAGAAUUCUCUGACUUGAAGCCUAAACAAGCUCCAGGACAGGACUUCAACGCUCUCCAUGUCUGUGGGUAAUCUUUCCAAUGAUCGUUUUCCAGUGCCCCAUAAGAAGCUCUCUUUAGAUAUCAAGGGAAACAAUACGGAUGUGGUGAUAUGCAGCUACGAUGAUCAUUUUCUUGUUAUGGCAACGCAGGUAGGAACUAUGGGAACAAUACUGCAUGCCAGGAAGGAGGAAGGGGUAUCAAUCCAUCCAACAUUCAACGUAUCUGUUAUAUUUGGAAAGCGAGAUGAGCCAAUGCUAGAGGCAUGUGCACGCCAGCUGAUUGAAAAUAUAAGUAGCUCUGGUUCUUCCAAGUCAUUGGUCCUAUCUCUAGGCCUCAAAGAUCAUUCUGUGGAGACACUGAAGGGCAUUGUUUCUGCUGUUACUGGGAGUCGCCUUUGGUAACUUAAUAAAACCAUAGGUUUGAGGUAUCUGGAUGGAUCUUCUUAAUGAAUUACCAUUCAAAUCUCUACUUUUUCUUUGUUGAUUUACUAUUAUAGAUGUGUAAUUGACAGUUUUGUGUAUAGCAUGCUUUCUGAUCAUCAUCAUCAUCAUUGUUUU